AUGACCGACGCGCGGACCGCGAGAAACGUAACGAAACAUGGCCCAACCGCCAGCAUUGAUGAGCGACGUCUACCACCGCCACCAUCAUCAUCAUCAUUAUUGAUGCAUCUAGACAAAAAGGACUGGUACCGCAUUGGUGCGGUUAUGAUCAUUGUGAUAAUGGUGCACGCCAAAUGCCUGAGCGGUGAACUCACAUUUGAUGACCACCUUGCAAUCCUCGGUAAUAAGGAUUCCUACGCCAACUCCACCACAUCAGUGUGGAAUUUGCUGCAGAACGACUACUGGGGAACGAAGCUUGACUCUGUGACAGCGAAUAAGUCAUUCCGCCCCUUGACUGUCCUGACAUUUCGCCUGCAGCACUGGCUUAGUGGACUUCAUCACUCUGCCGCCAUGCUGCGUGCAGUGAACAUUUUUAUUUCUCUUCUUAAUGGUGUCUGGGUGUACCUAUUGGCGCGCGUAUACCUGUCAGCUUCAGCUCCCACCGGUGAAUGGUUUCACCGCAUCGCUCCUUCGCUGGCGAUGCUUCUUUUUGCGAUUCAUCCGGUUCACAUUGAUGCCGUGGUGGCCGUUGUCGGAAGGGCGGAGUUGCUGUACUGUUUUUUUGGGUUCUGUGCGUUUUUCCACUUGCACCGCUUCCUGCUUCUAGACACAUGGGGGGAUGUGCACAGCAGUGCCCACAGUGGAAUCAACAAGAGACACCGAAAACGAAAACGGUACCCGGUGAAGCCAGCAUUUAUGCUUCUCCUCGUGCUCUUCUUUACAGCGCUCAGCGUCUUGUGCAAAGAAAGCGGCAUCACCUUUGCUGCUUUAUUCGUCGCCCAUGGGUGGGUUAUGUAUAUGUGGGGUUGGACGUCGGCCCGCAAGGUGGUCAUAACAUUUGCUGUUUCCCUGCUGCUCGUUGCUGGUUACGUGGCCUUGCGGCAGUGGCAUAUUGGCGCGGUGGAUUUGUCAUCCAACCGCAUGGUUCGCCGGACGGAGAACCCACAAUACUUUGUGGCUCCUGGAAUUGUGAACUGGUUAGGCAUACGGUGGUUGAUCCAGGUGAAAAAUAUUGAACUUCUUUUCUUUCCCACGCAGCUGUGCUGUGAGUACAGCUAUAACUGUAUUCCGCCGCUAGACGGCCUCCGCGAUACGAGAUUGCCGUUCAUGAUGAUGGCGACGGGCGUGGGAGUCGCCCUCGUUUAUCAAAAGGUUCGGAAAUUCUUUCUCCGCCGUGACGCCAUUUCACUGUCGUGGUUGACAGCCUUGAUGUGGUUAGCUGUGCCGUACGCGCCGGUAAGCCACCUCUUCGUGCGCGUCGGGACAUUCAUCGCUGAGCGUUGCCUCUAUGUUCCCUCUAUUGGUGCAGUGCUUCUUAUUGUGUACACUUUCGCAGGUGUUCAGCCGAAGCAACGUGCCACACGCUUUGUGGGUCUUUCAUUCCUUCUGGUACUUGGACUUUUUUGGCUGCACGUCACGUUCGUGCGCAUUGAUGACUGGCACAAUGAUGUGUCACUGUUUCGUAGUGCGGUACGUGUGUGCCCCGGUAGUGGGAAGUCGCACUAUCAGCUGGGGGCUGCGCUGCUGAAAAAUGAGACUAGCGACAUCCCAUUGGAAGUUGUAGGGCUGAUGAGGAAGGCGUACGAGCUGGAUAGUGAGUUCAAAGACCCACUGUACUACCUUGCUCUUUACGCAAUACACGCGGAUAAGGACCCGAAGAAGGCGUAUGCGUUGCUUCGUGAGUGCGUCUCCUCGCCGUUCACCAUGGAUUUGUGUUAUCCACUUCUCGAUGAGUUGCGUAUGUUCCUAUUUCCAAACAUGACGAAGUGGGAGAAGAUGAGAGACAACGCCGCCUUGGCCCCCUCACUGGAGGAAAAGGCGAUCAUGUACCGACUCGCAGGGAUUUCACAGGUGAAUCAAGCGGGGUAUGCAUGUAGUGCCACCAAUGACUUCAAGACUUCACUGAGUCUGUGGAAUGCGUCGGGGAUCUACUGGUACGGGGACCGUGUGCGUUGGGGAACAGACGCCUCAUUCUGCAAGACACUCUACUAUUACCUUGUAUCGUUGGCGAACUGCACCACGGCCUUGAAGGAUCGUGGUGUUUUGAGGACAGAUGCCGUCGUGGAUGCUGCCGUGUUUAUCGAACAUUCCAUUGCGCACUGCGAUGAACAUUGGCAUGACACCUCGCCUGCGAAGGUUGAGGAGGAUGCCAAGCGAGCAACGGUGUUCAUCACCGUCGUGGCAACGGCCUAUGAAGUCUUGAUGCGGCACAUGCUGCCCCCCGUUUCGGGUGAUGCCGCUGCGGUGCAGUUGGUGCGCCACGCGAUAGCGGUGGCUGCAGUGCGGCGGUACUGUUUUCUGGCCUCGCUUGUGAACAGGGAGACUGAACGUGGCCUUCUGGGGCGUGGCAAAACUGCAACGGAAGCGCGAACUUUUUUCUUCACAAAUCGAGCCUCCCUACUGGAAAACAUAGUAGACGCAUUGUAUGGGCUGCGCCUGGACUCCAGGGACGACGACGACGACGACGGCGGCCUCCGGAGGCUUUCGCGUUGCACCCCCGAGCUCGCUUCGGUUUCCAGUCGGGUUUAG